AUGUGGUGCUCCGCUAUGUCAGCUACAAGGACGCCGGCCCGUAGGUGCCACACGCAGAUCCAUCGGGGGUGGUUCCUACCGGGAUUUGAGGCCUCGGCAUCGUCGUCUUCAUUUUCGAAGCUGGACUACGGGAUCCGACGACUGGACCACACCGUCAGGAAUGUUUCAGAGCUCGUGUCGACAGUGAGGUACCUGAAAGGCUUUAGCGGAUUCCACGAGUUCACAGAGGACGUGGGAACGAGCGAGACCGAGUUGAACUACUCAGUGGUUCUGGCGAACAACUCGAACACGGUGUUGUUGCCGCUGAACGAGUCGGUUUACGGAACGAAGAGAAAGAGCCAAAUUGAGACGUAUUUGGAACACAACGAAGGUGCUGGUGUGCAACACCUUGCGCUUGUUACUCACGACAUCUUCACCACACUGAGAGAGAUGAGAAAGCGAAGUUUCGUUGGUGGAUUUGAGUUCAUGCCUUCUCCUCCUCCCACCUAUUACGCCAACCUCCACAAUCAUGUAGCUAAUGUGAUUCAUUUCGAGUUUUUAGCUUUCAGCUAG